AUGCCAUCUUCUCCGAGGCUGAAGCUCUUCCACGCGCGUCCAACGCGCCGACCCACGUCAAUGAUCGUCAUCACCUCUCUAGCGAUCGGGCUCUUCGGAUUCCUCUUUGGACUCUCCGCCAUUAUUUUCCCGAGUAUCCGGUUAUCCGGACGGACCUGCCUCACCAGCUCUCCUCCAAAGACGGUACGCGUCUUCUGGAACGUAGCUGGAAAUAGCAUUAGCGGUGGAGUGAAGAGACAUAAGGUGAUGGGAUUCGUUGGGAUCCAAACCGGGUUCGGUUCAGCUGGGAGGAGACGAGCGUUAAGGAACACGUGGAUGCCGUCUGAUCCACAAGGGAUUCGACGCUUAGAGGAGUCAACGGGAUUAGCCAUCAGGUUUAUAAUAGGCAAAACCAAAGAUGAAGCGAAAAUGGCUGAGCUUAGAAGAGAGAUCUCGGAGUACGAUGACUUCAUACUGCUUGAUAUCGAGGAGGAGUACAGUAAGCUCCCAUAUAAAACUUUGGCUUUCUUUAAAGCUGCAUAUGCGUUGUAUGAUUCAGCGUUUUAUGUCAAAGCUGAUGAUGAUAUAUAUUUGAGGCCAGAUCGGUUGUCCUUGCUGUUGGCUAAAGAGAGGAGUCACUCCCAGACAUAUCUUGGAUGCCUGAAGAAAGGUCCUGUUUUCACAGAUCCAAAGCUUAAAUGGUAUGAACCUUUGUCAGAUUUGCUUGGUCAAGAGUACUUUCUUCAUGCCUAUGGCCCUAUAUACGCUCUUUCUGCAGAUGUUGUCACCAGUUUAGUUGCCUUAAAGAACAACAGUUUCAGGAUGUUUAGCAACGAGGACGUGACAAUAGGUGCGUGGAUGCUGGCAAUGAACGUUAACCACGAGAACCACAAGACCCUUUGUGAACCAGACUGCUCACCCUCCUCCAUCGCUGUUUGGGAUAUACCAAAAUGCUCAGGUCUUUGUAACCCAGAGAAAAGAAUGUUGGAACUUCACAAGAAAGAGAGCUGCUCAAAGAGCCCGACUUUGCCAUCGGAAGAUGAGUGAAUCUUACGUCUGACAUAUCUCCUUUUAUGUUCGAAGAACCGAGGCGACACAGAUUGUACCAGACUUCUUUUUUUCAGUUACUCUGCUUUAUACUUUUUAGGUGGGCAAUGAGCAGAAAAGAGAUGAGAGUUUAUCAUUCGCUUAAACGGCUUUAGGCUUUUAC